CCGUGACUCACCCCGUUAAACAAUAGGUCCGCCCCCCGUCAUAUUACGUUAUAUUUAAAAACUGCAACUGUAUUUGUGAUGCGAGAUUAUCAAACAAAUUAGUAUUUAUUUUGGCAAAUAAAGUAACAGGGGGAUGGGGGAGCGAUGGGUGAAUGGAGCCAACUUAAAUAUUGGGAGUUACAUGCAGCUCCCCCUCCCCCUCCCUACGCAGCUGGCCCGGAGUAACGCUGCUCUCAGAUCAGUGACUUUCUAGUUACCUCAUUCCGAAGAAAUUCAAGGAAGUGUUUUUAUAUCGCACUUCCAGAUUUAGUAGUAAUUAUAAAUCUUAAAGAAUUCGGCUGAAAUUCAUGUACUCGAAUAUCUGAAGCAUCACUUGCCCGCUCUCCAUGGGUCCCUGUGAACCAGUUCCUGCACACUGCCAGUUGCCUGCUCCCCCUGCUGGCUAAUCUGCUGCAGGACGUCCUCAGUCUCCAAGGUUUCCAAACGUUCAGUUGCAACUUCAUGGAGAAUACUUGUUCAAGAAAAAGUUUUUUUUUGUCAUUAAUACUUCUUGGAAUUAUGUGUAUAAUCUAUAGGAUAGUCUAUAAAAUUCCCUUAGGGGGGAAUCUGACUAUAUAUCCACAUUUAUGGGGAAAUAUUUUACAUCCAACAGUUGAUCUGAGUAAUCAGCAUGUAAAGAACUUGACUGAACAAAAUAUAACGCCGAUUAAGGACACAAAGCAUUUCCUGGUCUCUGCCUACAAAGAUCACAGGAUUGAUGGAACCAUUCGUAUCAUUAGCAUAUUUAGGAGGGAUGAUGUCAGAAGACUGUAUUGUAUCAUUGGUUGUGUUCAACAAGAAUAUUUGGUUACAGUAACAGAGGUCGACAUACACAGUGAUCAUUUUGGGUUCCCUUACCAGACCACAGACCUGUUGUGUAAAACUGACCCAAAGUGUGAUGCUACAAAUGUCACCAUCAGUAUUAAUAGAUCCACCUCAGACAUUCCAGAUAUGGUCUUCCUUCCCAUACGAAACAGAGAGAGGAAAGAGCACAACUUCAAACACAACUUCACUGUCUGCAUCUCCAACCUCUUUGGAUCUUAUAACAAUGUACUGCAGUUUGUGCAGACCAUAGAAGUGUACAAGCUCCUGGGCAUACAGAAAGUGGUCAUCUAUAACACCAGCUGUGGUCCAGACCUCGAUAAGGUUCUGCAGUACUACAGGGAGGAGGGUACACUUGAAAUCCUCCAAUGGCCAAUAGAUCAGUUCCUCAAUCCCUCCAAGGGCUGGAACUUUGAACAGCAUAAAGGUGACCUCCAUUACUAUGGGCAGUUAACUACUCUGAACGACUGUAUCUAUAGAAACAUGUACAGAUCCAAGUAUCUUCUGCUGAAUGACAUUGAUGAAAUAAUUAUGCCUUAUCAGCACGCUACACUGGAGCAUCUCCUGGAGGACCUGCAAAGGCAAAACCCCACAGUAGGAGUCUUUCUCAUCGAGAAUCAUAUCUUCCCCAAAACCCUCUUUGAUGAUACGGGCCGGUUCCAUUUAGCACAAUGGGAAAAGGUUCCAGGAAUAAACAUCAUGGAACACAUCUACCGGGAACCUGACAGGAAACAUGUUUACAACCCCACCAAGAUGAUCAUAAACCCCAGGCAAGUGGUGCAGACAUCAGUGCAUUCAGUGCUGAAGAAUUACGGAGACACAUUGAGAGUUCCAGCUGGUGUGAGCAGAAUUGUACAUGUCAGAGUUCCUCUACAGGGGACACUCACCAAAGAGCAACUGAUUGUGGACACAAAGCUGUGGGAAUAUCAGGAGGACCUUGUGCCAAAUAUUGACAGUGUGCUGAAUAAGUCAGGGAUCUACGACUGAAGUAUUUUACAUAGGGGGGGGUUUAACUUCUACAAAUAUUUUUGCCACCGUUUUAUUUUUGUUACCAUUAUUUUAUAUGAAUUUUUAUAUAAGUGUUAGUCAUGAUUGGGGAUAACUCACUUAUCCCACAAGAUUUUUUUUAUAAAAAAUGCAAAGUCAUUCAUUUGAUGAAUUUUUAUAUGGAUCCAUAAAUUAAUACAAUAAAGGGAAGAAGAUAAUAUCAAAUGUA